AUGUUCUAUCGCCACAACCGGGAGGUCAACCACUUCUUACAGAGCAAUAACUCGGUCUCCCGCACGAACUACCUCCGCAUCCUCGCCCUUUCCAGCAUCGACAUUUUGCUUACCCUGCCUAUAGGCAUCACGAACAUCGUCUUGGCGGUGAACAACGGUCUAGCUUCUGGUCCCAUCCCAUUCUACUUUGGAUGGACCUACGAUCACACGGACUGGCAACUGGAGAGCGUCAGCUAUGCGGCACUGGUGUCCGGUGGCACUCUCAAUGUAGCCGAGUUCUACUUCACCAAUUGGUCCUCGCCUGUCCUCGCCUUCGUCAUCUUUGGUCUCUUCGGCGUUACCUCGGAGGCCCGCGCUUUGUGCUGGCGCAUCAUCUGCACCGCCUGUGGCUGGUUCGGCUGGAAGCCUACUCUUCGCGAGCGUUCACCGCUGGGCGACAUCGAGUUCGGCGAACAACCUCCGCAGAACUCAAUGUCGUUGGAUCUUGAGUAUGCUGGCUUGCACAUACACUAG